ACUCACUGGCGAUCAACAGAUGUCAGACUUAGUGAGAUUUAUGGCACGCAGAGAAAUGAUAACAUCAGGUCUUGUUCAGUUUGACGAGAAACCAGAAAACUACAGGGCUUGGAAGGCGUCAUUUAAAAAUGCUAUAGAAGACCUUCACCUUUCAUACAAAGAAGAAACAGAUCUCCUAGUGAAGUGGCUAGGUCCAGAGUCCAGCAGACAAGUGAAAGGCAUUCGGGCAGUAUAUGUCAAUGAUUCUUGUAAAGGACUACAGAUGUCAUGGCAAAGGUUGAACGAAGAGUAUGGAGCUCCAGAGAAGAUAGAAAAAUCCCUGUGGGACAGGAUUGACAACUUUGGGAAUAUCUUUGAAAGAGAUUGCAGCAAGAAACUUAGAGAAUUCAGUGAUCUGGUAAUAGAACUGUUGGCAGCAAAAAAUGAAGGAUGCUUUCUAGGACUAGGUAAUCUUGAUUCCGCCAGAGGAAUAGAAGACCUUGUGAAAAAGCUGCCAGAUUCUCUAAAAAGGAAAUGGGCAUCACAUGGGACAAAGUACAAGGAAAUACAUAAUGUACUAUUCCCGCCAUUCUCUUAUUUCGUGCAAUUUAUCUCUCAACAAGCAAAGAUGUACAAUGACCCAGGUUUUGCUCAGACGUUCCAGACCUUUGGUGACAACAAGCCAGAGAAAUACCGCUACAAGAACACCCCUCAGAGAAGCUCCAUCAGGGUGCACAAGACUGAAGUAUCUCAAGCUACAGGAAACUCUUCUGCUUUCACUGAUGCUAAGACCAUGGACUUAACAAAAGGAUGUCCGAUUCAUCACAAACCUCAUCCUCUGUACAAAUGCAGAGGCUUCAGAAGUAAGUCCCUUGAUGAGAGAAAGACUUUCUUAAAACAAAACAACAUUUGUUACCGUUGCUGUGCCUCAAAUGCACACCUUGCGAAAGACUGUGACAAACCAGUUAGCUGCACAGAGUGCAACAGUGACAGACACGUGUCUGCUCUUCAUCCUGGUCCUGCACCAUGGUCAGUCAGGCCGCCAGAAGGGAGUGAUCAUGGCGGGGAGGGAAAGGACAACGGUGCAGAGGCUACAGUAACUACAACAUGUACCGAAGUGUGUGGAGGAGACCUUCGAGACAGAUCAUGCUCUAAAAUCUGUUUAGUAAGUGUCUAUCCUACAGGACAAAAGAACAGAGCAAUCAAACUUUAUGCUAUUCUAGAUGACCAAAGUAAUAGGUCCCUGGUCAGGUCAGAGUUCUUUGAAAUCUUCGGGUCAAAAGGCCAGCAGUUUCCAUAUUCUCUCAGAACCUGUGCAGGGGUGAUUAACACUUCAGGAAGAAGAGCGCAAGGGUUUGAACUACAGUCUCUUGAUGGCAAAACCACAAUCUCAUUACCCACACUCAUUGAAUGUAAUGAGAUACCGAACGACCGGACGGAGAUCCCAACCCCUGAGGUGGCUCUUCAUCACAAUCAUCUAAAGUCACUUGCUAGUGAGAUACCCAAACUUGAUCCAUCAGCAGCUAUCCUUAUGCUGUUAGGAAGAGACAUAAUUAGGGUCCAUAAAGUGAGGCAACAGAUCAACGGACCACAUAACGCUCCUUAUGCACACAGAUUAGACACAGGAUGGGUCAUAGUGGGCAAUGUAUGCCUGAAAGGAGUCCAUAGACCAGACUUAGUACACUGUCUUUACACCAGAACCUCAGAAGAGAGCUGCAGAUCCCUCUUUCCACCUUGUCCAUACUUCUACAAUGUGAGGGAAAACUAUGACAUGAAUGUAUGUGUAACCAUGCAAUCCUCAGUGUCUACGUACAAAUCCUCUUGCAAAGAGUUUGAGGAUCAUGUAAGCCACAGUAUCUUUCAGAGAACAACAGAAGAUGAGACGGUUGCUCCUUCUCUGGAAGAUCUUGCCUUUAUGAAAACAAUGGACGAGGGUUUCUACAGAGCAGAAGACAGUAGUUGGGUAGCUCCUUUACCCUUCAAACCACAAAGAAAGCAGCUACCAAAUAACAAAGAACAAGUCUUGCAACGUUUCAGGUCCUUACAGAGGUCUUUUAAAGUAAAACCUGACAUGAGACAGCAUUUCUUUGAAUUUAUGGGAAAGGUAAUCCAAAAUGGCCACGCAGAGAUAGCGCCACCUCUCAAUCCAAGAGAAGAGUGUUGGUAUCUGUCUCCCUUUGGAGUCUACCACCCCAAGAAACCCCAACAGAUUAGAGUUGUCUUUGAUUCAAGUGCACAGUGUUGUGGGGUAUCCCUGAAUGACAUUCUGUUGAAAGGCCCAGACCUAAAUAAUAACCUCCUUGGUGUGUUGUUACGCUUUCGCAAGGACACCAUUGCAUUCAUGGCUGAUAUCCAACAGAUGUUCUACUGUUUUCUAGUUAGACCUGAAGACAGAAAUUACUUAAGGUUCUUCUGGCACAAAGACAACGACCCUGCACAAGACAUCAUAGAAUGGAGAAUGAAAGUACAUAUCUUUGGUAACAGACCUUCUCCAGCAGUGGCCAUAUAUGGUCUUAAACAAGCAGCUUGUCAGGAAGAAAAGGAGUUUGGUGCAGACGCUAAAAGAUUUGUAAAAAAAGACUUUUACAUGGAUGAUGGUCUGAAGUCAGUACCCACUGCAGCUGAAGCCAUUGACCUCUUGAACAGAACCAGGAAAAUGCUAGCAUGUUCAAAUCUCCGCUUACAUAAGAUAGCAUCAAAUAGCAGUGAUGUAAUGGCUGCUUUUUCUUCUGAAGAUCACGCAACAGACUUAAAAGAUCUCAAUUUCAAUGAUGAUGAUUUACCCAUGCAAAGAAGCUUAGGCAUCUGCUGGGAUCUUAAAAGCGAUUCCCUGACCUUCCAGGUGUCAUCAGAGAAAAGACCCUACACACGAAGAGGAGUCCUCUCUACAAUAAACAGUUUGUAUGACCCUUUGGGGAUAGCUGCACCAGUAACCAUUCAAGGGAAAGCUCUUCUUCGUGAUCUCACCUCGGAGACUCAAGAUUGGGAUGCACCCCUACCUGAAGAUGCCUCCACGCAAGCAAUUGCAGCAGUGGCCUACUUAAAGGCGAUAGAUUCUGAAAGUCAGGUCCACAUAGGUUUUGUGCUAGGAAAAGCUAAAUUAGCUCCAUGUCCGGAACUUACAGUCCCACGACUUGAACUCUGUGCAGCAGUCCUCGCAGUAGAUAUAGCUGAAUUCAUAACAAAAGAAAUCGACACAAAUAUAGACUCUGUCAGCUACUUCACAGACAGCAGAAUAGUUUUAGGCUACAUUUGCAAUGAGAAAAGAAGAUUUUAUGUCUUUGUUAGCAACAGAGUUCAGCGAAUAAGAAGAUCCUCUCUCCCUGAACAAUGGCACUAUGUGUCAACAGAGGGCAAUCCGGCUGAUCUGGCCACAAGAUCUGUAUCAGCAGCACACCUGAAAGGUACUAUGUGGUUCACAGGUCCACCCUUCUUGAGUCAUUCUCACCACUUGAAACCAGAGACUGAAACCUUUACAUUAGUGGAUCCGGCUCAAGAUACGGAGAUCUCGUCCUUCUGAAAGAUCGACAAACCAAGAGGAAUGAAUGGCCUAUGGGUCGUGUAACAAAGACUUUCCCUGAUAAAGAUGGCAAAGUUCGCAAAGUGGAAAUAAAGAUUGCCAGAGAUGGGAGUUCUACAUUAUUCUUCAGACCAGUGACAGAGCUCAUCCUUCUUCUUCAGUCUGAAGACCCUGCUCCCUGAUUGGACUAGAAUGAUUGUGGUGAUCUUACAGACACCAGGCGGGGAGUGUGCUGUCAGGACAGAUAUAUGUCUUUUCAUUUGAUUAUAGGUAUGAGCAGUCCUCCAGCUCCAUCUACUGGACACCUGUAGAUAUUUCCUGGUGUUAGUUAUUUGUUUAAUAAAGUUAGCUAUUGACCCUUGAUGUCAUAAUUCCAGGUCACAGGAAGUAGGUGUUUUCCAGCCUGUGCAGUUUAUCUCAUGUGCUUUCAGCUUUCUCCAUGCUAAACAGGCCCUAUGCAGCAUUGUUGUUUUACCCUUUCAUCUUCAAAUACUCAUUAAACAAGUUAACAACUUACACAGUGUGGUGUUUUGAAGAAGGGUUAUCUGCCUGUCAAUCUCACUUCAGACAGUGAGCAGGACAGAACAGUAGACAACACCACGCAUAGCUGAUGCAAUACAGCACAA